AUGUUUGGGGUUGCAGUUGCCUAUCUGGCCUAUCAUAUAUGGCUGGAUAGGAAUGGACGGCUGUUCAAGGGGAGAGGGUUGCACCCGAGGAUUGUUAUGGAUAGAGCUAUGGCCCAGGCAGCGGAGGUCUGUUUGGUGACUCCAUCGACGUCAUCUGAGUUGGCUAGGGACAUUUGGGGUACCUCUUCUGCUGUUUCAGCGCCUAGGUAUGCUUCUCUUUUCUGGGUACCCCCACCCCCUGGUUUUCUUAAGUUGAAUUUUGAUGGUGGUAUGGCGAUGGAUAGAGCUUCGGGAGGAGUUGGCUUUGUUAUUAGGGACCAGUAUGGCAGAUUGAUUGCAGCUGGUGGUCGGAGCACUCCAGGCUUGACUGUCAUUGGGGCGGAGCUACGAGCUGCUUGGGAGGGUAUCCGGUAUGCGAGAUGUGUGCUGGGUGUUGAUAGACUGUGCAUUAAGGGCGACUCUGCCACGGUGAUUGACUGGAUACGGGGGGUGGAUAGAUAUGGUGACGGCCACCCAUUGAUUCGAGAUACCCGCAGACUAGUUCAGGAGAUGCUAGCUGUCCAGAUUGGUCAUGUGUAUCGUGAGGUAAACAGAGCUGCGGACUGGGUAGCCUCAUAUGUGGCUCGCCACGCUGGGGACGUCAUCUGGACGAGUCUAGCUGGUGUUCCCCAUUUGUUGCUCUGUUUAUUUUUCUCUGAUUUAGCAGGAUGUACUUUUUGA